CAGGGGGAGCCUCAGGGCGGCCACCAUGUCCCAGGCCACCACCUGCCUCAAGCAGCAGGGGGAUGGCGGGGAGAGCCCUUCAGCACUGCCACCACCACCAGCAUCGCCGCACAUUUUCCCUCCGGAGACGCUGUUCCGGCAGGCAGGUGGGGUCACCUACCGCAUCCCGGCUCUGCUCUACGUUCCCCCGGAUGAUUCCUUCCUGGCCUUUGCCGAGAAGCGCUCCUCGGCCCGGGACGAGGAUGCCAAGUACCUGGUGCUGCGGCGGGGCCGCCGGCACGGCUGCUCGGUCAAGUGGGGUCCCGUGGAGGAGCUGUCGGCGCUGACGCUGCCCCGGCACCGCACUAUGAACCCCUGUCCUCUCUACGACGCCAGGAGCGGCACCGUGUUCCUCUUCUGCAUCUGCGUGGAGCGGGGCAAGUCGGAGCGGCGCCAGCUGUGGAGCGGCUGCAGCGCGGCGCGGCUCUGCUUCGCCAGCAGCGCCGACGGCGGCCGCGGCUGGAGCGCGCUGCGCGACGUGACGGGCGAGGCCAUCGGCGCCGACCUGGCCCGCUGGGCCACCUUCGCCGUGGGGCCGGGCCACGGCGUGCAGCUGGGCUCGGGCCGCCUCGUGGUGCCGGCCUACGCCUACUACGUGCACGGGUUGGUGUGCGGGGCGCUGCGCCUGCCGUGCUUCACCCGCCAGCACUCCCUCGUCUUCUACAGCGACGACGGCGGGCGCCGCUGGCACAGGGGCGAGCUGCUGGGCGGGGAGCGCACCGGCGAGUGCCAGGUGGCCGAGGCUCGGGGCUCGCAGCCCCCGGUGCUGUACUGCAGCGCCCGCGCCCCGAGCGGCUGCCGCGCCGUGGCGCUCAGCGCCGACCAGGGGCUGCGCUUCCAGCGGCCCGCGCCCUGCCCGGCGCUGGGCGAGCCCCCGCGGGGCUGCCAGGGCAGCGUGCUCAGCUUCGCCCACGCCGGCAGCCCCUGGCUGCUCUACUCGCACCCCACCGACCGCCGCGGCCGCCGCGACCUCGGCCUCUACGUGAACCCGUCGCCGCUGGACGGGGCGGGCUGGCGGCGGCCCUGGCUGCUGCAUGCCGGCCCCGCCGGCUACUCCGACCUGGCCCUGAGCCCCGGACCCGUCUUCGCGUGCUUGUUCGAGUGCGGCGCCAGCAGCGCCUGCGAGCAGAUCGCCUUCUGCCUCUUCACCCUGGACCUCCCUGGCGAGCAGGACCUGAAGGCUUCCUAAAACAGACCCGUCCUAGGCAGUGCAGUCACUACUGAGUUCAGUCAGCACGGCAGUGCCGAGCCUCACCAGGCUCAGCAUCAUGUACCUUUUAUUUAAUUAUGUCUUUUUAAUCGCCCGUCUGAUGCUGUCGGGGACCUGCGGCAGUGGAGGAUGUGCUCUGGCUCGGCCGAGGGGAGAUGCCAGCCCAGCAUAGGAAAUGCCGCUGCCUCCCCAAAAAUCAGCAUUUUUCACCUGGUAGCAGCUCAAAAGCAGAAGGUGCCAGCAAGAGCAGCUGAUUCGAUGGGGAAAAAGUACCAAAAAAUCUUGGUUCCGUUAAAAAUGUUUCAGUUCCUGUGUUCCUGCAGGUGGCAGAGAAUUCCCAGUUUUUACCGGUUUUUAUCCUGUUUUCUUCACUUGCCUGCUUAGGCUGAGUUUCUCCAUGCCUCCUGGGAAAAAUACUUCUAAUCUGGGGAGGAGGGGCGGGAGGUAGGGGAGGGAGGGGACUGUUGGGGGGUGUUCCAUUCUGCUCCAUAGGGAACAGGUUGUAGCAUCCCGACAGUGACAGUGACCUCACAUUCCGUGCUGCUGUCAAAUAAAAUUCUCCCAAAGCA